AUGAACAUCUGCACAAUGUCCCGCUUGGCCUCGAUAGUUAGGUCGGUGCGAGGGUGGAUCGAGGACAGCUGCGACUUGAGGUUCAAAACCACCUCCGAGCUGAUCUUCAAAGACUUGUCGAGAUUCUCCUCGGUGGCCGACCGACCGCAGAAUGUUGAUUGCGCGGUCAAAGAACCGGAACGUCUCUUCGAGUCGAUUAUUAAGGAUUUCCGGGGUGAACGUGUGCAAAUAGCACAGUUUCUGAGAAAUCUUGCCCAGCUUGUACCAAAUAGAAGUGACUCUGCGUAUCAACAGCGCAGAGUAGGGUCCCGGACCCAACAAGUUCGAAAGCUCGGUCUCGACCGUGUAUUUGAGUUGUCCAUACCAAACCAAAACCUGGUCUCCUUGCUCGAUCAGUUUUUCCACGGGGAACUGGCCAUGAAACUUCGUCACCAGCAUUAUCACUGUCUCCACAAUGAUGUCGAUGUCCGAGUUGGUUUCUGUGGCCUUUGGAAACUCCAGCUUCGAAAGAAACUUGAUCACGGCGGCCUCGAACGAUAUUCUGAGUUCCUGGUUCGAGAUCCCCAACACUUUGAAUCCAAUAAGGUGUUGCACCAUCACACCGAACGAUGUGGUCGGCUGCUGUUUGGCCAGCUGCAAAAACUGGCGAUCAAACUCCUCUUUGGUAGAAACAUUUUGGAACACCGUGGACGACAGGUUGCUGAUUACCCCGUCGAAACAGUCCCAUCCGACGAUAUUUGUGCUGGACGGGUACUGUUUGAGAUGAUUGACCCAGACGUCGAAAUACGCCGAGAGAUUCUCCGUUGUGAGCAGUUGUUUCAUAAAAGUCAUCAAUUGCAGUUCAUCCACGGGUCUUUGUUGGAACAGCUGGACAAACCGGUCCGGAUCGGUCCUGGACAAGGAUACGUCGCUGAUUUUCACAUCCAGAUGGGCGUCUGUUGCGUCGGCGGCUUUAGCGCCAGAAAUCUGGCGAACAACGUUGAAUUCGUCAGUUUCCACGGUCAUGGCCAAAGAACAAAAUUAUAA